UUUGGGGCAGAAGAUGGAGAUCCACUCUGUCAGAUGCUGAGGAGCCCAGAGCAUUGCUUGCUGUCUAAGGAAGGAGACGUCACUAUUGGAGGGGUCUUCUCCAUCCAUAGCCAGAUCUCCAGUCCUCUGCUCUCCUUCACAGACACUCCAAAUUCUCUAACCUGUUCCAGGAUUAAUUUCAGAGAGUUUCGUUUUGUACAAACAAUGAUCUUUGCUAUUGAGGAAAUCAACAAUAGCAGCUCUCUACUCCCUAACGUCACACUGGGCUACAAAGUGUUUGACAGCUGUGGCUCCAUCAUGGCAUCUAUGCGUGUGGCGAUGGCUCUGCUUAAUGGAAAUGACACAGCGCAUGGGAAAACCUGCUCUGAAAAGUCCUCUAUUCAUACAGUCAUAGGAGCCUCUGAAUCUUCCUCCACCAUUAUCAUGCUCAGAACAUUAGGGGCGUUCCAGAUACCAGUGAUCAGCCAUUUUGCGACAUGCGCCUGUCUGAGUGAUAAAACCAAGUACCCUACCUUCUUUAGGACCAUACCGAGUGACUACUACCAGAGCCGAGCACUGGCAAAGCUGGUCAAACACUUUGGUUGGACCUGGGUGGGGUCGGUCCGGAGUGACAACGACUAUGGCAACAACGGCAUGGUUGCCUUUGCAGAAGCUGCCCGUCUGGAGGGGGUCUGCAUCGAGUAUUCAGAAACCAUCUCCAGACUGGACACCAGAGAGAAGGUGGCCCGGGUGGUCAGUGUGAUCCGCCGAGGAACCGCCAGGGUGCUGGUGGCCUUCCUUGCUCAGGGAGAGAUGGACAUCCUGAUUGAAGAAGCGGUGAAGCAGAACCUGACAGGUCUGCAGUGGGUGGGCAGCGAGUCCUGGAUCACGGCCGGCCACCUGGCCACCCAGAGAAACACCGCCAUCCUGACCGGAUCGCUGGGGUUCACCAUUAGGAAGUCAAACAUUUCAGGGUUGAAAGAGUUCUUGCUACGGGUGAGCCCGAGUCAAGACUCUCAGAGCAGCCUACUUAAAGAGUUCUGGGAGACGAUGUUUGACUGCAAAUUCGACAGCGACUUGGAAAACCAGGCCAGUGACAGGCAGUGCUCUGGAUCAGAGAAACUAGAAAACGUCGGUAAUCCGUACACUGAUGUGUCAGAGUUACGGAUAUCUAACAAUGUGUAUAAAGCAGUAUAUGCUGUGGCCCACACCAUUCAUAACAUGUUAAACUGUGAAAAGACAGGGGGCAAUGUCAAUCCAUCAUGUACAUGGACAAACAAUUCAAAGAGAGAGCAGGUAUUGAAAUACCUGAAGGAGGUGAACUUCCCUCUGAAGUCAGGGGAAAGGGUAUAUUUUGAUCAGAACGGAGAUCCAGCGGCCAUGUAUGAACUGGUGAACUGGCAGAGGAACCGAGCAGGCGAGCCAAUGUUUGUUACAGUAGGGAACUACGAUGCCUCAUUACCAAAUAAAAAGCAAUUCACUAUGAAUGGCAUUAACAUCACAUGGGCUGCUGAAUCUAGAGAAAGGCCUCAGUCUGUGUGCAGUGCCAGCUGUUUGAAAGGUUUCCGGCAGGCUACGAUUAAAGGGAAACCUGUCUGCUGCUUCUCCUGCAUUCCCUGCGCUGCCGGAGAGAUCAGCAAUGCCACUGAUUCUGCAGAAUGCAACAAGUGUUUGUUGCAAUUCUGGUCAAAUGAAGACCACAGCCUGUGUGUCCCCAAGGUGGUUGAGUUCCUGUCUUUUGAAGAAACAAUGGGAGCCCUCCUCACUGCUAUAUCAUUGUUUGGAACAAGUUUAACCUUGAUCGUGUCAGUGGUCUUCUUCCACUUUCGACACACACCUCUGGUAAAAGCGAGUAACUCUGAGCUGAGCUUCCUGCUGCUCUUCUCUUUGACUCUGUGUUUCCUGUGUUCUCUGACCUUUAUCGGCAGUCCCUCAGACUGGUCCUGUAUGCUUCGCCACACAGCUUUCGGGAUCACCUUUUCAAUGUGCAUGUCUUGUGUCCUGGCAAAGACUGUAGCAGUCGUGGUAGCCUUCAAGGCAAAACUGCCCAAAAAUACAGUUAUUCAGUGCUCAUUGCCAAUACAAAGAACCAGUGUUUUUGGUUGUAUCUUAGUACAGGUUAUGGUGUGUGUGUUAUGGUUAACUCUGGCCCCACCAUUCCCAUACAGAAAUACUGAGCAGUCUAGCGAAAAGAUCAUCCUAGAAUGUGCCCUAGGAUCCCCUAUAGGGUUCUGGGCUGUGUUGGGGUAUAUAGGCCUCCUAGCUUUGUUAUGUUUCAUACUGGCUUUUCUGGCUAGAAAGCUGCCUGAUAACUUCAAUGAGGCCAAAUUCAUCACCUUCAGCAUGUUGAUAUUCUGUGCAGUCUGGAUCACCUUCAUCCCUGCUUAUGUCAGUUCUCCUGGGAAGUUCACUGUAGCUGUGGAGAUAUUUGCAAUUCUGGCCUCAAGCUUUGGAUUGCUUUUUUGCAUAUUUGCUCCAAAACUUUAUAUCUUACUUCUUAAACCAGAGAGGAAUACCAAAAUGAAUAUGAUGGGAAAAACCCAGCGGAAAUCACUGUAA